AUGAACUACCAAAAUUUGAAGUGUUCAGAGUUAAAGGACCUGUUAGCCAAAAGAGGGCUUCCAUCCCACGGAAAGAAGAACGAGCUUCUAGAACGGCUAUUAAAUUAUGAAAAAGAAAACCCCCAUCUGGUGAGCAGUCCAUACAUAUUAGAUAGCGGAAACCAUAAAGGGAACUCCGACCAGGGGACAAACCUGGAAGCUUCAUCAUCGACGGAUGCACAAGGAGGCAAUCUGAACAACUCAGAACAACCUGUUGAGAAAUCCCAAAAGGAUAUUAAUCAGUUAGAAGGAGGAGGAAGUGGCGAAGAAGAAAAUAUCAAUUACAAGUCUUCUUCAUCACCAUUUAUUGGGUCUGAAAAAAAAAAAAAAAUUUUAUUAGUUAAUAACAGAGAAGACGAUUUUAACACAGCGGGCUUGGGAAAAAUGAAAAAUUAUUUGAAAAACAUUUUAUCUUCGAAUACAAAAGAUGAAGGAUCCAAAUAUAAAAAAAAUGAAAAGAAAACGGAUGCAAAUAAAAACACAAAUCAAAACAAUGAUGAUGAAAAGAAAACCAAAAUGGUCAUUCCUAAAAUUACCUUUUCGGAGAGUUCCUUGUCCACGAAAAACACCCUGCAGAAAAAUAUUCUUUCCUCGCCAGAAGAUAAUCUUUACCUGACGGAGGAGAAAAAGAGGGAGCUGCGAAAAAAGCGAUUCGGCGUCGUUUCCAAGGAUGAUGCCCUAGAGUCCAGAGCCAAGAGAUUCUGCAUUGUGACUCAUAAAAUGGAAGAGGAGAAUAAAAGGAAGAGAGCGGAGCGCUUUGGCCUGAACAAGGGAAAGCUGAACGACUCCGAAAUGAAGAGGAAGCGUGCCGAGAGGUUCGGCUUGAUCCAAGAUAGUGAUAAACUGAAAGCCAGGGCCCUCAGAUUUGGAAUAAAAUAA